AUGGGCCCCACCCUCCAAAAGGUGCGCCCACGGGUGGUGCGGGAGCAGCUGCUGUGGGUGAGCGGGGAGGGGCGCGGGGGGGUCCACACCUUCCGGGUGCCGCUGGUGGUCGCCACCCCCGGGGGGGCCCUGCUGGCCUGCGCCGAGGGGCGCAAGCGCUCGGCCGCCGACGUGGGGGCCAAGGUCAUCGCCUGCCGCCACUCCCCCGACGGAGGCGCGACGUGGGGCCCGACGCGGGUGGCGGCGGACGACGGCUGGGGGGGGGAUGGGCUGAACCUGGGGGCGCUGGCGGUGGUGGGGGACGACGUGCUGCUGCUCUUCGCCCGCUGCGCCCACCCCCCCCAGGCCUGCGGCCCCCCCAGCACCCACCUCCUGCGCAGCCGCGACGGCGGCCGCUCCUGGGGGGCCCCCCAAAACCUCUCGGGGGUCGUCGGCAACGAGGUCUUUGCUCCCGGGCCGGGAUAUGGCAUCCAGAAGCAGCGGCCGCCGGGGCGGGGGCGCCUGGUGUUCUGCGGCCACGGGACGCUGGAGCGGGACGGGGUCUCGCUGCUGCUGAGCGACGACGGGGGGCGGCGCUGGCGGCGGGGGGGGGUCCUGCCCGCCAUCCCCUUCGGGGCCCCCCGCCGCCCCCACGACUUCACCCCCGACGAGUGCCAGCCCUACGAGCUCCCCGACGGCUCCAUCGCCGUCAGCAUCCGGAACCAGGGCUCGUUCCGGUGCCGGUGCCGGAUGGUGGCGCGGAGCUGGGACGGCGGCGAGACCCUCCCCCCCCGCGCCGUCACCUUCGACCCCGCCCUGGUGGACCCGGCCGUGGCCGCCGGCGUCCUCGUCACCGCCGGCCUCGUCUUCUUCAGCAACCCCGCCCACGAGAGCCAGCGGGUGAACCUGACCCUGCGCUGGAGCUUCACCAACGGCACCACGUGGUGGGGGCGUGGCCUGCAGGUGUGGGCGGGGCCAAGCGGGUACUCAUCGAUGGCGGCCCCGCCCCCCACCGCCCAGGGCCACUCCCCCCUCCUCUACCUCAUCUACGAGAAGGGGCGGAGCCUCUCCACGGAGAGCGUCUCAUUGGCCACCAUCAGUAUCGCUGGCGAUCUCUGACCCCGCCCCUCGCCGCGGCCACGCCCUCCACGCGGGGUGGGCGGGGCUUAAUAAAGGCGUUCACUCGG